ACUUUUGGUUGCUAAAAGAUCAAAAUGAGACGGGCCACAUUGGGAACGAUGAAUAUAGGGAACAAAACAAGAAUUCCCACCAAAGAAAAGGGCGCAGUGCGGUCACGAUCGUCGCUUGGACUUGGUGGUCGUUUCUCCAACUCCGGUCCUAGAACAUCAGGUGCUCGUCCUAAAACAUCUUUUGGUUCGUCCAGGCGAUCAAGUCAAUAUGGCCGUGGAGAUCCCUAUACACAAAUUAAAGAUACAAGACCACUUAGUGAUAAAUCUUAUCAACAGCAAGAGAUCAGGGAAAUAUUACAGUUUCUCUCUGAGAAUGACUAUGAGCAUCCAAUGUCAAUGAAAACUAUGAUGAGACCAACCAACAAAGAAUUUAUCAAUGUUUUUUCGUUUCUCUACAGUCGAAUCAGUCCAGAACCAAUGGUGAAACCCGAAGAGGAACUGCCAAAAGUUAUGAAGAAAAUCGGUUAUCAAUUUACCAUACACAAGACCUCCCUAUCAAAUGUUGCCUCGCCCCAUGCCUGGCCGAUCCUGCUCGGUGCCCUGCACUGGCUCCUGGAGUUAGUCAAGUUUUCCAUGGCGGUGAACGACGAGGUGGAACAUUGUCUGUUUCCGAUGAUCGAGGGUGAAGAUGAUGAAGGAGAUUUCGCCGCUAUGAGGAAGGUUUAUUUUGACUUUCUCGAGAGAUCGUACAGUGCAUUCAUAGAAGAUAAAAGAGACCUGAGGGAUCUUGGAGAAUAUACAGACGCACUUAUAGAAGAACUAAGGAGUCAAAAUGACCCAUUGACUUCAGAAGUGGAACAGUUAUCUCAGGAAAACAUUCAGCUUGAGGAAGAAUUGAAAAGGCUUGAAAAUGAACCGUCAAGACUCGAGGCGCUAAUGGAAAAACGUGGAACCCUUGAAACUGAUAAGUCGAAGUUUGAAGUAUAUAUCGCCGAUCUGCGCCGCCAUCGUGUCAAGUUGGACGAGCGACGAUUGCAAUCGGAGGAAGCGUUGAAUACUGCAAAACUCGAGGAAGAGGCGACUUCAGCAGAAAAAACUAAACUACAGAGAAUUCUUGCAAACCAGGAGUUGAGUGCUGCCGAUGUUCAGCGCAUGAAACAGGAAGGCGAUGAGCUUAAAAAGACCUUGACAAAACUUGAAGAGACAAGCGAUAGUAUGGAUCAGGAAAUCUGGGAGAAAGAAAUGAGUUAUGCAAGAAGACAUGAACAGGUUCUUGUCCAAUGUCAAGACUACAAUGAGAGAGCUCGCAAGCUAAAGUUGAUCCCAAGUACGGCUGAGAAUGCCGCUGGUGUUGAUUACGAACUCAGGUGCCAUCUUGGAAGAAUGACUUUGGACAUAAAAAACCAGCUAAAGCCGAGUCUGCUGCGCUUCAAACAACAGAUUGCUGAAUGCUCCUGUCGAUGUGAAUCAGAACUGAUCAACCUCAAGGAGAAACACGACGUGCUGCAGGAACAAAUUUCCGAAAAAGAGGAGGCCAUUGCUGUCUUUGAAGAGAAGAUUGUUGUCUUGGAGAAGGAAAUACAGUGGAGAAAACAGCAAUACGACGAACAGCAUAACAAACUCUCUUGCGAGGUGGAAGAAUUGCAGAAUAAAAUAGACAGGCUGAGAAUGGAAAGCCAAAUCAGUGUCUCGGAUAAGAGAAGACAUCUGGAAGAAGCCAAGGAAAGGUUGAAAACGAAAACGGUUGAGAUGGAACAUCAGAGGCGUCAGUAUGAACUGUUUCUCAGCACUGUUUGUGAACUGGUUAUUGAACAUAAAACAAUCUUGCAGGAACGUGUCAUCGAAAUACGGAAAGGCGUUGAAGAAAUCACAGAAACCAUAAAGAAACUUCCACCACUCACCUCGAAGCUUCUCAGCAAGGCAGACAUUGACCGAAUGCUUCCAGGAGGUGAAAACGAAGGCAACUUGAAAAAGACAGAAGAAGGUUCACUCGAUGAAGCUGUCGCCCAGAGCGAGGAAAAGCCGAAACAAGAAAUGAAUGACUAAAGAGUACAGUAGGUGUAUAACUAGCUGAAACAAAAGUAUAGUGUUUGUCCCCUAUAAUGACAUACACAACUUUAUAUAUUGGAUACGUGAAAACAGUAUAGUCCAGUUCAUAUUGUUCGGUCAGUGGUAUAGUGUAUGCUAAACACUGGCAUGGGCGCAUGGCUUCUCGGGAUAUAUUUUAUCUGUACCUAGGUGGGGAUGUUUUUUAAAUAUCUGGUAAAGCGUAUACUUUGAUAUGUUUAUACAGUGAACUAGCUGAUGAAUUGUUUUGUGCGAGAGAAAACAAUGGCACUGAUAUCUGCUUUUUAAUAUAUAUUUCAGCUGCGCUAUAGGUCUAAUUGACCUUAAACUUACAUCAGGAAAGUGUAAGGAUUAUUAGGAAACCUAAAGCCAUGCAGUUUUGUAUGAUUGCGUAUCGUGCUGGUCGAUAAAUGGCGCACUUGUUCAGAUAUAUUUUUAUGAUGUUUAAAUUGUUGACUAAAAACUAGUUUCGUUUAUCCAUCGCUAUCUAUAGUUUUGCGAUGGCAUAUCUGCAUAAAUAUAGCUACUUCAAUUGUCUUGAAUCUAGUUAAGUUCGCUAUAAUCAGUCUUAAAGCUUAAUUAAGCUACUUCAAUUGUCUUGAAUCUAGUUAAGUUCGCUAUAAUCAGUCUUAAAGCUUAAUUAAGUCUUAUAUUUACUGAAGAAAAGACUAUGUAUCUUUCUGAAGGAUGGUUAUUUUUCAGAUAUAUCUCAGCUGUAUAUAUGCAUUAUUAACCACAUCAUUAUUUUUGUUAAUCAAUGCAUGGCAAAGUGUAUCUUUUAAGAUCUUUAUAAUGAACUGGGGAAUAUCUCUAGCCCCUGUAUGCGGCCGGUUGCAUCAAGCCCGUUUAGCUUAUGUCUAUCGUUUUAUUCAAGAAGCAAACUAAAUG